AUGGGAUUCAUUCCGCGACCCAACGGCCUUUGCGCAUGGACCUUAUAUCGCGUUGACCAUUAUCCGAAUGGAGCUGCAGAUACGGUAGGAUACUGGGUUGAGGCAAGAAUAUUUGGUGGUGUCGUCGUGUUUGAUAGAGGUGAGGAUGGCACCGAGAGUCGACAGAUAUACUUCCAUGGAUGCCGCCGCAAGGGACCACGAACGAUAUACCCCCCGACAGACCAGCAAUUCGAACAAAUUAUCCAAUUUCUUCUCAAUGAAGGUGAAAGUCAUGAUAAUGCCUCAGCCAAUCCGUUUCCUAUUCUAGCGACACCGCAGAACCGCUGGCGCUGGGAUCCGUGGGACGCAAUGGCGCACCACAAUAUCUAUCGCGAUAGGUAUGAGCGGAAAAUUAGCCCAAAAAAAGAGAAGCCCUGCGUUCUGAACUCUAUCGACUGGCCCGAAAUCAAGGAUGAUCUAUACCUCAUCAAUGCGAUGCAUGAGCGGUUGGAGGGGAAGUCGUUGGAUGAAGAUGAGAUUGCAGCGGCUAAGGAGGGGCUGACCAAGAUCACCCCAUCAUCGCCGUUAUGGUCAAACGGGGUAUUGCGGAAAUACCAUGGAAUAUAG